UCCAAAUUUCGUUAUUCACAUAUUCAACCUUAUUGAGACACUGAAAAAUAUUUUUAGGUCAUGUCAUCAUCACUUAUUAUUUUUUCAAUUCUCAUUCAUUAGCUGAAUAAGAAAUGAUUGAUAAUUUUAGUAUCGACUUUAUUCCAUAUUCCGAAACAGGUUAAAUAAAUUUAAACAGAAAGUACGUGCAUCGAAAGCGCAUCUAUUACCUUUUAUACAUCAAAUAUUUUUAUCUUACAUUCUUACCGGCAUGCAUCAAACGAGUUUAUUUCGACUUGUUCUAUGUUUCAAUUUCUCAUGUUUUUCUUCGUAAUUUCACAGAAAAUUCGAUUGGAAAAAGAAACACAGUUAUCAGUAAUAAAGUUGUUGGUUUUCGACGCUGGAGGCGCCACGUGGAUUCUUCAUAUCUAUUUUACGCUUCUCGCAGAACGCAAUAAAAAUCAUGUAAACAGAAUGGUUGCGAGAAAAAUGAAUCGGCUGAUAGAAGGUAAUUGCGUCGAUAAAGUCCGAAGGUCGCGCGUUGAGCUGAGAUUCGUUCAGUCAGUAGCGAGCGUGCGGAGCUGGCGAGCAUUUCGUAAGCGUCGACUAAACGCCCAUUUGACAGAAUAAUGGAAAGUUCUUCAAAAAACAGUAUUAUUAUGAAGAACACUCUAUCUGCGAAGGAGUGGUUACCUUUGAUCGUCGCAGUUCUCAUUGUAACUAUCGGUGUUCAAUACUUACGAUGGAAAAAAUCGAAUAAAUUGAAAAAGCUGGGAGUCUUGCAUCCAAAAGCUUGGCCAGUUAUUGGAAAUUCGGCAGCUCUGAUAAGUGGACGAAUGCAUUACACUGAUUUGAUUGAGAGCAUCUACAGAUUAAACGAAGAUGCAUAUUACGUUGGAUUCCACGAUUUCAAGGAGGCUGUGAUUUUGAUAAGAUCGCCGGAACUACUAAAAAGUAUAGUCGUCAAGAACUUCGAUCAUUUCACGGAUCAUCGUUAUUUCGUUGAUCCAGAACUGAACCCACUGUUCAGUAAAAAUCUCUUCACGCUUCGUGGCGAAAAAUGGAAGGAAGUACGAAAUCUUUUGACCCCCGCAUUCACCGGUAGCAAAAUGAAAUACAUGUUCGAACUAAUGUCGGACUGCGGGAAAAACUUUGUCGAUUACUUGGUCAACGUUACACUGGAAAAAUCUCACGUCGUCGAUUCUAGAGAUAUUUUAACGAGAUACGCAAACGACGUGGUGGCUACGUGCGCAUUUGGGAUCAGCGUGAAUUCGAUGGAGCAUCCAACCAAUACUUUUUACAUGAUGGGGAAGGACGCGACAAAUUUCAAUGGAGCUCGUGGAUUAAAGAUGUUGCUGGUGCGUCUCUUUCCCCCACUCGGCAAACUCAUCGGUGGAUCAUUCUUCCCUCCCCACGUAGAAAAAUUUUUCGAGCAUGUUGUGAGGGAGACUGUCGAGAUGAGAGAUCGAGAAGGAAUAACGCGGCCCGAUAUGAUUCAAUCGAUGAUGGAAACGAAGGGAAACGAAUCACACCAAGGCCGGAAACUAACGAUUUUGGACAUGACGGCGCAAGCAGUCGGGUUCUUCUUCGGUGGUUUCGAAUCGGUUGCCACGGCCAUGUGCUUGGUUGCUCAUGAAAUAGCGAUCGAUGCUAAAGUUCAACAAAAGAUGCGGGACGAGAUAGACGAAGUUGUGACGGCAACCAGUGGAAAAGUGACUUACGAGGCGAUCAAUGACAUGCCGUAUCUCGAUGCCGUCGUUAACGAAACGUUGAGGCUUUACCCUAUCAAUAUGUUUAUCGAGAGAUUGUGCACCAAGAGUUUCGAGCUGCCACCGGCUCUCCCUGGAAGGAAACCGAUCACCAUCGCACCCGGUCAAAGUGUUUUCUACCCGACAUUCUCCAUUCAGAGAGAUUCCAAAUAUUAUCCGAAUCCGGAAAAAUUCGAUCCGGAAAGAUUCAUGGGCAGCGUCAAGUCGAAUGUCAAUCCUUUCGCGUAUCUCCCUUUCGGUAUAGGACCAAGAAUGUGCAUCGCUAAUCGAUUCGCACUUCUCGAAAUCAAAGUAUUAUUCUUUCAUCUUUUGGCAAAGUGUUAUCUAAAACCACGACCAGAGGCAUGCUCGCCGAUGAAGCUCAAAAAAAGAAGCUUCAAUUUUAUGCCCGAAGAAGGAUUUUGGUUGGAAAUGGAGCCCAGAAAUGCUGCCUGAUCUUUGGGUGAUGAACGCAGUUUUUAUUACCCUCGAUAUGCCGGCUUCGGAAAAGGGGUUCGUACGUUUUUAAAGCAAAAAUUAGUGUUCGACGAGAACUUCUUGUGACGAGAAGUUCCUCGAACCGCUGUGCUGCAACCGGCGCAUCGUUUCGGAUCGUGAAGCGAUU